CGGGAACAUGAGCUGGAACACGAAACUAGACUGCUGGGUAGAAGUGAACAGAUCAAGAGUUGGGCAGAAUAACCAAUAAUAGCUACAGGCUUUCCCAAGAGAUCGUUUGACAUGGAGCUUUAUUGUCCAGCCUGUCACAAUUUAUUUUUUUAUCCUGUUACUCUUCAUUGUGGACAUACCUUCUGCCUGGCAUGUCUGGAAAACAGCAAGACCACUGAGGCUUGUGAAGUACAACCUUGCUGCCUAGAGUGUGGAGUGGAGUACCAUUACAAUGAAUUCCAGGAGAGAAACCUAGAGCUUGGAAACAUAGUCGAAAUGUAUAGGUCUGUCAUCACAGUAGAAACAAAGGAUCAAGUGAAGCCAUCUUGCUCCAACCAUGAAGAAAAGGCAUCUAAUAUAGUGAGCAACAUAAGGGAGAAGGUUGCCAACGGUUCCUCAGUUAGUUGGGAUGACCCAUGUGUACACAGAUCUCGGCUGGCUCCUGUGAUGACAGACAUCCAAGCCAAAAUCGCACUGGUGGAAGAUUUGCUUGACAAGGCAAAGGAAAAGGAAAUUGCAGUCAAGGCAUCAAAUAAUGUGCUUAAACAAAAAGUAAGCACAGCUCUGGCAGAAAUGGUAGACCUUCUAAAGAGCUACAGCACAACAGAAAUGGACCUUCUAGUAGCCCAGUUAAAGCCCAGUGAGGAGAUUAUGGAGACCAACGUUAGAAAGUUGUUAGAUCUCCAUAGGCAGCUAAAAGAGACGAAGCUCCAGAUUAACACUCUGCUGAAGGAGCAAGAUAAUGCCAAAUUCAGUAUUGGCAUCCAGGUCAUUGAAGCACUUGCUGCCAGCCUAGUUGUAGAACCUCAGAAAUUUGAGCCGAGUACAGAAAAGGAGAUAAACACCGACAUGACCAACAUGUGUGCGGAUAUGGAACAACGCAAUUCUGACCUCAGACUCAAACUUGGAGCUGCUUAUCGCUGUUUGCGAAGUCUUAUCAACCCUUCUGAAGUGACUUUUGACCCAAAUACUUUGCAUCCUAACCUGGUUCUGUCUGAGGAUCUUAAAACAGUGUCCUUCAGUGUUGCCAAACAACCCUAUACAACAGGGCCUCAAAGAUUUGCCAACUUGUUUCAGGUUCUGAGCUCACAGAGUUUCUCUAACGGUGACCAUCACUGGAUUUUGCAGGCUGAGGGCUGUUCAUGGGUUAUGGGGCUGUGCUAUGAAGGAUUGCCUCGCUCUGGAACUGGAAGUGGCCUAGAGAGCAGCAGUGGAGCUUGGUGUCUAAUGUGGUUCAAUAACCUAAUAAAGGCAUACGAUGGAGGAAAGGAGACACCACUUCAACUGCGUACGCCAUUUCUUCAAAGUCUGGAGAUCCGCCUCAGCUUCAGCAACAACAGUGUGGAAUUUUAUAGCAUUAGUAAUGUGACUGGAAUCAAAACUCACCUCUAUACUUUUGGUGUAAGCUUAACUGAGCCUGUUUUUUUGGCCGUUAGAAUGAUGUCUUGUCAGCCUAAAGCUAGAAUAACAUUGUGUAAGUAGUGUUUUACAAACCUGUAAUACUACAAUAGCUGGGUGCCAGCUGAAAUGCCAGUAACAUUGACAAGACAAUGAAAUGUAAAUAAAAUGUAUAAAAAUGACAGU